AUGGGUCCUAUACGUCCAAGAGUUCGUUUGGGUGUACCAAGAAGACAUCUUCGAGAGAAUACAAGAGGUAUAGAAGCACAUUUUAGACCGGUGAUUACUCAUAAUCCUUCACCGGUAGUUAUUCCUCACAAUGACCAAGGGAGGACGUUUGAAGUUAGAACCAAUUCAUUACAAAGUUUGCCAAAGUAUAAGGGUCUAGCAACGGAGGAGCCUUAUUUUCACUUGGAGGCUUAUGAUUCAAUUUGCAACAAUCUUGGGAGUCAAGGAUUUUCGGCCGAUGACGUCAAAUCGGUACUUUUCCAAUUUUCUUUAGAAGACAAAGCUAAAAAGUGGUUCUACACCCUACCUUCGGCAUCUAUCUACACAUGGGCGGAGAUGCAACAAAUCUUUUUGGAUGAAUUUUAUACCGUUCAAAAGACGAAUGAUGCUAGGAAAGGGUUGAGAAGUUUUCAACAACAAUCUGGUGAGAUGUUUCAUGAAGCAUUCGAACGGUUUAACAUGAUGAUCAAGAAUUGCCCUCAUCAUGGGAUAGAGUUAUGGGAAUUGAAGAAUGCUUUCCAUGAAGGGUUAAGUGCCGAAGAUGCUCGCGAUUUAAUGUCUAUCAUAAAUGGUACUUUUGGUACAAACUACGAGCAUGACGAUUGGGAAUUUUUGGAGCAAAUGGCGAUCACAUCAAAAAGAAAAGCUCAAGCAUCAAGGAGAGCACGACCGGACAUUACCCGAACUCAAGUGCACGCGGUAGAUGAUGGGCAUGCGGCUGAAAAUUGCCAAGGAGGUGAAGGGCAAUAUGAAGAGGUGAAUGCUUUGCAAGGGCAAGGAGGGGGUGGUAGAAAUUACAACAUAAAUUCUAACUCUUACCACCCCGGUUUGAGAAACCACCCAAAUUUUCGAUACGGGAAUCCCUCAAAUCAAGCCAACACGAAUUUUCAAGGAAGUCAAGGUAACUUGGGUUCGCGCCAACCUUUCAAUAAUCAAGGUGGAUAUCGAGGUGGGAACAAUCAAGGAUACCAAAGACAAUAUCAAACGGGUCAAGAGCAAGGGGGGUCUUCGGGUGGAAAUAAGAUGAUGGAGAUAUUAAAGACCAUGCAAGCGGAGAUGCAAAAGAGAUACCAAAUGGAUGAUGCGUGCAUGCAAAAACAUGAGGCCCGUGACAAAGCAAUUCAAACUUUGACCACCCAAAUGGGUCAACUCGCAACCGAAGUGGCGGACUUGAAAAAAGGUAAAGGUCAAUUACCAAGCGACACUAAGGUAAACCCGUCUCAUAAUUCUUCUAGAGGUUCACGCAUGUGCGUUGGAAGUGGAAGAGAGGGAGCAAUAGGCUCUAGCGGUGAAGGAAGGAAGACCGCCAUGGACCCACCAAACAGAGAAUUUACUGGUGGGAAUUGA